CAUCAGGCCACUCCUCUUCAUCGCAAAUGAGGACGUUAUGAACUUAGCUCUGCUUUUUUGAAUGAACUCAGGUUUAUAACAUUGCUGCUUCUGCAGGACAUGCUCGACAUGAUCAUGGGAAGCACGUUGGCCAAGUGUGCUGUUACCGACCUGGCCAUUCAGUGGGUCGGGUGGGCUCUAGCGUCUGCUUUCAAAACGGAAAAGUUUUACGACUUGGCAGGAUCUGGUACCUUCAUAUUGCUGGCUCAUCUGAGUCGUAAAUGGGGCGGAAAUGGCCACUUUAGACAGAACGUACAAACUGGACUUGUCACUGCCUGGGGUCUGAGGCUCGGGACAUUUCUCUUUCUUAGAAUCCUAAAGGAAGGACAAGACCGGAGAUUUAACAAUGUCAGAGACAGCCCUGGGACAUUCUUUGUGUACUGGACCAUGCAAGCUUUGUGGGUCUUUACUACCCUGUUGCCCACCCUAAUUCUAAACAGUGAGAGAAGAGAUGAGCCCCUGGGCCCACGUGACUACAUCGGCUGGGGAAUAUGGGGGCUGGGUUUUGCAACACAGGCCAUUGCCGACCAGCAGAAGUGGAAUUUUAGGAGUGAUCCAGAUAACGCUGGAAGGUUUAUUCAUCAUGGAUUGUGGGCAUACAGCAGACACCCAAACUAUCUGGGGGAGAUCCUGCAAUGGUCGGGCCUGUUCCUGUCCGCUUCCUCUAUCAUGCGUGGACCUCAGUAUCUCAGUGUGCUUUCUCCUCUCUUCGUCUGGUUCUUACUGAGACACGUUAGUGGGAUCCCCAUCCUUGAGAAACAAGCUAUGAAGAAGUGGGGCUCAGAUCCUGCUUUCCAGAACUACAUCAAGAACACUCCACUCCUAUGGCCCUUCCCCAAAUUUAAAGGAGAAUGAUGCAUAUUUAUAGAACUUGCAGUAAUUGCACAUGCUGACAAAUGAGCAUGUGAAAGUCUGGAUAGAUAGGCACAAUAAUAGUGUAGUAGUUUAGAGAAUAGUUCAGCCAAAAAUGAAAAUUUGCUGAAUAUUUACUCAUCCUCAGGCCAUCCAAGAUGUAGUGGUUUUUUUCUUCUGCAGAACAGAUCUGGAGAAAUAGUGUAGUGAA